AUGAUCAUAAAUUCUUAGGAUUUAGAUAUUGUUACGUCUGGGAAUUCCCUCAGAUAAAAUCAAAAUCGUAUGAAUAAACUGUUUGAUGAUGAAGACCAUAAAAACUUGAAGAAAUUUCAUUUGAAAAAUUAGAUGGAUAAUGAUAUUCUAGUUAAAGAUGAGCAAGAUGAUAUGUUUGAUAUAACAAAUAUUAUGAGUGAUUAAUAAAGAUUAUAAAGGUUAGGAUAUAACUAGAACGCAUUACAGGUUCUUAAAAAUUAAAAUAAUACAAAUACAGGAAUUGAUGAAUUUACUGCUAAUUGGAAAAAUCCUUCUGAAGUUAAGCAAGACGCUCAAAAGAGCAUAACAAUUUUAAAUUUAUAAAGCAUGGACGAAACAUCUAAAAACAUGCUUCAGCAAAAAGAUAAUAAUAAUUUCUAAAAACUAUUAAUGUAAAUGCAAUCACCAAUAUCCUUCGAUAAUAAGUAAAGUUUAAUGAAUGCUAUGAAUGGAAUAAAUUCAAAUAAUGGUCGUAUUCAUACUGAAUAAUCAUAGAAAUAAGCACAAAAAACAACUUUUCAGUAUAAUGUCUACUAAACUGCCAAUAGACUACGUCAAAAAUUAAUUAGUAAACUUGAAAGAGUGAAGCUUUUGAAUUUAACUAAUUUUCAUUUAAGAUUGAUAGAUGAUUGGUCUAGUUUAAUGAACAAUAGGCAAUUUUCGUGUUAAAAUUUAGAAUGCUAAAUAAACUAAGAUUUAGGGAAUAUCAAAAAAAGUAGUUGCUGCUUUCAAAGUACUUCUAAAAAUAUUUCAAAUGUAAAUAAUAAAGAUUAAAAUAGUCUAUUUAUCAAGGAGACUUCUAAGUAGCUAGAAUAAAUAUCAAUAGGAAGCAAUAGCAAUUUUACAUCAAAAAAGAAAAUGAUUAAUUUAUUUUAAUCUGCUAGGAGCUUUAAAGAUUAGCCUUUGCAAAGUACUGAAACAAGUUAGAAGCCAAAAACAGAGAGAAAGUCAAUUAUUCAGAUUUAUUCUAGCAUUCUACUUUGGGUUACUUGCAUAAAAACAGCGAUUAAUCCUACUGACCUAAAAAGAUUAAUUAUUGAUUUACUUCAAGUUUUGUUUUUGAUAAUUUUCUAUUUUUUUAUUACUCUCAGAGCAGUAUUCGAAAAUGAAAUAGAUAGGCUUUUGAUAAGCAACGAUACAGACAUUAAUUAAAAUACAAUAAUUUUCUAUUUUGCAUGUGUUGGAUUCCCUUUAUAAUUAAUAGAUUUAUUUAUGAGCUAUAUUACUGGAUUUUAUAACAAAGGAAUUUUAAUUACUGAUGCAAAUAUAGCAUCACUGAGGUACUUUAAAAGGUUUUUUAUAUUUGAUCUUGUCAGCAUUUUGUGUCUUCUAUUUUUUAUUAUUGGUAGCUAAGAUCCACCGAUUGUUAUAAAAGUGCUAUAUUUUUUAAAGAUUCAAUCUAGUUUUUAAAGCCUAAAAAGAUUAAAAUUAAAAGCUUCUAUUAAUUAGUUCCGAAAAUUAGUGUUUAAAAUUUUAUAUAAUGGAGCUAUUUUUGGUCUUGUUUUGCAUUCCUUUACAGUUAUUUGGAUAGCCAUAGGGAAAAAUGAAAGCCGCUCUAAUACGUAAAAAGCUAUGAUAAAUACUUCUUGGAUAGAUUAUAAUUAACUGACUAAUUAAAACUGGCACUAUCUGUACACAGCAUCUCUUUAAUUUAUGUGCAGUAGUUUGAUAUUCUAAGGAAUGUAGACUAAGACUCAGUCGGAGCAAUUAUUCUUAGUUUUUACUUAAAUCUUCUCAGUAUUUUUUAUAUACAGAUUUGUCUGUUCUUUUAUCAAGAUGGCUAAAUUAUACUCUUUCUCCGCUAGCUAUUCUGAUAAAGCUGUUUUUAUCAGUAAUUUCCUCCCCAAAAGAAAUGUUCCUGAAUAGAUAAUAGUUGAUGCUAAAUAAAAUUUAAAGUACACACUUACAAAAAAAUAUAAAUAAAAUAGAGAGCACCAGUCAAAAAAUUAACUUAAAUUGUUAAAUUCUUCUUUAAAAGAUAAAAUAAUAGAGUCAAUAAAUAAAAAAAUAAUUGACAAAAUGGAAAUUAUGAAAAUUUUCACUGAAAAAUUUAAAACUUAGAUUUCAAAGCAUCUUGAUGAGAUAUAAUUUGAAAAAGGUUAGAUAGUCUAUUACUAAGGAGAAGAGACUGAUUGUAAUUUGUAUUUCGUUGCUCAGGGAUAAGUUGAAUUAUUCUAUGUUACAGAAAAGAGAUGCAAAGAUGAAGAAAACUAUCUUGUUUUUCAAACAAUUUAAACUGGCCAGCAUUUUGGCUAACUCAGUUUCUUUACUGGAAUGCCAAGAGAAUCAUAUGCUCGCUGCUCUGAGGAGUCAAUUGUUUUUAAGGUUAAUAGAGAUUAAUUUAGAAAUAUUAUUUAAGAGAACUAAAAAGACUUAGAGAUUUUUUGUGAAAUAAAAGAUGAUUUGCUAUUUUAAAAUGAGCAUAAUUUGGUUUUCCAAGUAUGCUCUGCUUGUAAAAAAGAAAAGCAUUAAGUGAUUGAUUGCCCAGAGGUCCAUUUUGUUGCAGAUAAAGAGAAAAUAAUUCUUAGUUAAAAUUGUCCUAAAGUAUAAUUAAGAAGUCCUGGAUUUGCUAAAAGAAAAAAAAAAGAUUUUAAUGCACUCUCUGAUUAAAACGGGAUUAAUCAAGCAGCUUAGAAAGUAGAAUAAAAUUCUUCUUUAUAUAAUAAAUGCAUGUUUGAUGCGAUGAAUACAAGUUGUGGAUUUUAUGAUCAAAGAUUAAAUUAAUCAAAUUUGGAACUUGACUAAUUCAAUGACAAUUUAAGUAAAGAGUCUGAUGAUGGUUUUAACAAUGAAAAUAAUUAAAAUACUAAGCAUCAGCAAAGCUUAGAAGGCCUUCCUUCUAAAAAUAAUUUGGUUUAUACUGACAUAGACUAAGAGUAGUCAAAUAGGAGAAAAUCAGAACAUCAUCUCUAGAAUUUAAACACUUUAAACACUACAAAUAAGUAGAGAUCUUUUACCAAGGAGGAUGAAUUUUUUUUUGAGCAAAAGUCAGGGUAAUCUUUCUUGUAUCCUAUCAGAAAGGAUACUUCUCAUGCAAUUACCAAUGUGAUUAAUAAUGGUGCAAGCAGCUAGGGUAAUAUUUUGAUUCCUACCUAAUAAGAACUAGCAGUUAGUCCAAUUCCUUCACUCAACCAAGAAUAGAGCUUUUUUUCAAACCAAAUCAAAUCGAAACCUUAUUUAUCAAAGAAUAACAGCAACAACAUUUAGUAAGAUGAAUCUAUAAAUAACUCAUCACAAUUUCUUAACUUUUAACACAACUAAAACAGUGAGUUUCCUUAAAGAAAUCUCACUCCAGAAGAUGUGUUUGAUUAAAAAGUAAAUCAUGCUAAAGAAAUGAUUCACUCAGCUUCUCCAAAUGUGCACAGGAACAAAAAGAAAAAUCUUACUUGGAAUAUAGUUGAUGAAGUCUAACAAAUGCAAACAAUUUGCAAUACCCCGCAAAACUAAACUGCAAAAACAAGUAACCAAAGUAACAUAAAUGUUAAUAAUUAGAAUGUUCAUAGUAGCUUUGCAAAUAGUAACUAAAAUGCUUUAAACCAUAUUUCUAACAACUGCAAUAUAAAUAAUACAGUAACUACUCCACUUUCAUAUUCCUCCUCAAAUAUCAUAAACACUGUGAACUAAAUUCCUAACUAAAAUAUAAACAACAGUAUCAAUAACAUAAAUAACAACAAUGAACAAAACUAUCAGGGCUCACCUUCAAUGACUCAUCAGACAAGAAGAAUAUCUCAAACACCUAAAACUUUGUAUUAAAUACACAAAGAAGAGUUAGGUAUACUAUAAGGAUACGAUGAAGUAAUUGGAAAACAUGUUUAAAGAUAGAAAUCAAUAAUUUAGCAUUAACUAGACAAUAAUAUAAAUCAAACACCAAAGUAAACAGAUUCUAACUACUCCGAACAAGUUCAAUACAACUAAUCUCCACAUAUUGAUAUAUAAAAUGGGUAUAGCUCUACAAAAGUUUUGGGUUCUUAGCCUUAUAUAAAUAACAAUCAUGGAAUUGCUAUAAAUUAUAACAGCGGAACGAAUAUCAAUAACAUUAUUCUUAACUCUAAUUCUUUAGGAAAUAAUUAUAAUGAUGCAAUAACUGAAUAAUCAAAAGUUUAAAAGUAGACUUCAACUCGUAAGAGAACUUCUAGUAAAUUUAAUGAUUCUUAAUACAAAGCAGACUCAGACUCUUAAAACUCUGCUUCAUAAUUUAAAAAAGUAGCUAACAAUAAAAAGAAGAAAAUAUUAACUAUCAUUUAAGAGUAGUCUCCACUAGUUAGAAGUGGUAACUAAAUGAAAAAGCCUUCUUUAAUAAAUCCUCUCUAAGCAUCAUAAGUAAUGAUGCCAUUUUCUAUUUAAUUCGAUGAAAGUAAUUCUAGCUAGCUAAUACCAAUGGCUACAUCGAUGUAAUUCACAAAUAACUACUUGGACUCCAAAAAGCAGUCGAUUGUCAAAGGGAAAUCUCAAUUUAAUAACUCCUAAUUGCUUAGUAGCAUAGAUUUUUUAUCUACACAACAGCAGUAACAUCUUCAAUAAUUAAGCUAAAUAAACUAAUAACUAGGUAUUUUGGGUGAAUUCUUCCCUGAUAAAGUGGAAUAAUCAAUGUUAUAUUCAGUUUAUAACGAUAAAUCUAAGCAUUCAAUUAAAUCUAAGAUUAAUCUGCCAAAACUUAGCUAAGUAAUACCUUAGCUGUAAACCAAUUUACAAAGCUAUAAUAAUCCAAAUUAAUAAUUUUAGAAUCAAUAAUCUAUAAGUAAAUUUUUUUAGAAUAUGAAUGGAAGAUUGCGCAAAAGCAUAGCUUUAAAAAAAAUAUAAAAUUACUAAGAAUAAUUAUAAGAUUAAUUAAACUAUUCUUAAUACGGCGAUAGCUUCUAUUAAAACUUUGGAAUGGAUAGAAACUUGAGAAAUAAUGAAAUAGAUAUAGGUUACUUUAACAAAAAUUAUAAUGCUUAGUAUGUACCAUACAUUCCUAAGCUUGAUGAAAAUUUAGAAUCCAUUAAAGAAUUUUAGUUUUAUAAGCCACACUAUAAUAUCAAGGUAAUUCUGAAGUAGCUUGAAAGUUCAUUAAAAAAUAAAAAACUAAAAACCAAAUCUUUCCGAUAACAAGGAAACUCUUUUUAUGUAUAUAGCUUAAAAAUUAAAAAUAAAAACCAAAAAUGA